UGCCCGCCCGCCGCCCCGAGCGUGCUUGUUUUUCUGCUGCUCUCCCCCUCCGGGUCCCCUUCCCAAAUCUCGCCCCUGCACCCGCUCGGAGCCCCGGGGCCGCGCCCGGCCGGCCCACGGCGUACGCUGCCCGGUGCGCCCCUUCCCAGACCUCGCCCUGCACUUGGGGCUCUCCAUUUCCCCGCCUGCCUCGGCGCCCCCUUCAUCUCUAGCUCCCCCCCUCCACCACCAAAUCAGGAGAUGUCGGAGAUGUGAAGAAGGGGGGCGAGCGCACAGGAAGAUGAAGGGAGCCAGGCUGCACGCCGCGGGACAGGCGUCUAGGUGAACAAGAAAAUGACCGAAGAAACACACCCGGACGAUGACAGCUAUAUUGUGCGUGUCAAGGCUGUGGUUAUGACCAGAGAUGACUCCAGCGGGGGAUGGUUCCCACAGGAAGGAGGCGGGAUCAGCCGCGUCGGGGUGUGUAAGGUCAUGCACCCUGAAGGCAACGGACGAAGUGGCUUUCUCAUCCAUGGCGAACGUCAGAAAGACAAACUGGUGGUAUUGGAAUGCUAUGUCAGAAAGGACUUGGUCUACACCAAAGCCAACCCGACGUUUCAUCAUUGGAAGGUUGAUAAUAGGAAGUUUGGACUUACUUUCCAAAGUCCUGCGGAUGCACGAGCCUUUGACAGGGGCGUGAGGAAAGCCAUUGAAGACCUUAUAGAAGGCUCGACAACCUCCUCGUCCACUAUCCAUAACGAAGCCGAGCUCGGAGAUGAUGACGUUUUCACUACAGCUACAGACAGUUCUUCUAAUUCCUCGCAGAAGAGAGAGCCGAAUACAAGGACAAUCUCCUCCCCCACAUCUUGUGAGCACCGGAGGAUUUAUACCCUUGACCCAUACCCCGUGGACCAUUACCACCCCGACCAGCGAUUGCAGCGGUCCUACCCGCAGGUCACCUUCCCAGAAGAUGAUGAAGAAAUUGUUCGCAUCAACCCCCGAGAGAAGAUCUGGAUGACGGGUUAUGAAGAUUACCGGCACGCGCCAGUUCGCGGCAAAUAUUUGGACACUACAGAAGACACAGACUCCUACGUGCGCUUCGCCAAAGGAGAAGUCCCCAAACACGAAUAUACUUAUCCGUAUGUUGAUUCGUCGGACUUUGGCUUCGGCGAGGAUCCCAAAAGCGGUGUGAUCAAAACACAGCCGCCCAGGGCCAAGUCCCGUCGCCGGAAGGAGAACGGCGAACGGUCGCGGUGUGUGUACUGCAGGGACAUGUUUAAUCAUGAGGAGAACCGAAGGGGCCACUGCCAAGAUGCACCCGACGCCGUGAGAACUUGCAUUCGCCGGGUGAGCUGUAUGUGGUGCGCUGACAGCAUGCUGUACCACUGUAUGUCCGACCCCGAGGGAGAUUACACUGAUCCUUGUUCGUGUGACACAAGCGACGAGAAGUUUUGCCUCCGGUGGAUGGCUCUAAUUGCCUUGUCCUUCUUGGCCCCUUGUAUGUGCUGUUACCUUCCCCUCCGGGCCUGCCACCACUGUGGAGUGAUGUGCAGGUGCUGUGGUGGUAAGCACAAAGCCGCUGCGUGACUGGUUUCCCUCCUUUCCCCUUCUCCAUCCACAGCCACAGGCAAAAUUGUCUCUUGCGUACUCCCCCAUUGUCUCCCUGGUUCCCUUCCAACUCUAAAAGGCGAGGCCAAUAAGAGGAGGCCAGGCUCCAUGGUCCCUUGGUGACAUCAUUCCAAACCUGGGGUAGCUGCCGCCCCCUGUGUCAGCCACAUACCCGCCUCGCAGUGUUCUGAGGAAAGGAGCCUUCGACAUAGACUCGUGUAUUUUACCAGCCUAUAAUCAUGCUGUCUUUCCUGAGUCUUGGUUUCCUGCCCCUCCUUCCCACCUUUCCGGUUCUGGAGACUUGGAGAGGUUUAUUGAUUUUUUUUUUCCCCUCCCCAUUGGCCUUGCCUGUCGCUAACUAGCAUAGGUCCCUCAGAGAUGUGACCGAAUGAUGAAAGCAUCACCACAGCUUGUCGUUAUGCCAGGUGAGCUGGAUAACAAGCCUGUACCACAAACAAUAGUACUUUGACUCCUAAAGCUCCCACAUCAGCUUCGGUCUUUAGUCUUUAACCUUCCCCUGCCCCCACCCCCACCCCCACCC